UGGGAGAAAGACCAUGACUAUGGGGUGUGUUGGACUUGGGUUGGGCCCUGGAUCUCUUGGGCAACUUGACAAUCUGUUGCCUUCCAAGACCCCUGUUUGACAGCCCCCAGCCAGCCUGUCCAUGGUCCAUCAGAGCAAUUCCUUCCUUAAUCACUUAUGGUCAUCCCACUAGCUCAAAGACACAGUUACUUUGCUUAUUAUUAUUUUUUUGUAAUUAUAAAUUUAUAUUGUCUUGUUUGACACAUAAUCUCAAAUUUACAAAGGCAGAUUUUUUUAAAAUUUUGUAGUGUUUAUUUAUUGUUGAGAGAGAUAGAGCAUGAGUUGGGGAGGGGCAGAGAGAGAGGAAGACACAGAAUCCGAAGCAGGCUCCAGGCUCCGAACUCUCAGCACACAGCCUGACGCGGGGCUCGAACUCAAGAACUAUGAGAUCAUGACCUGAGCUGAAGUCGGACGUUUAACCGACUGAGCCACCCAGCCGCCCUACAAAGGUAGAGUUUUUAAUGAGCUUUUAGGCUGUAAGAGCCUAUUUUAAGAAUAAGAAAAUGGAAGAAAGGUAAUAUUGAAAAGUACCUAUGUACAUUCUCAGCUCUUUACAAGUAGGGUUAUUUGUGAGGAUUAUUAGGUAUCAUGAAAGUGAGUAGGAUUGUCUCUGUUUUAUUGAUGGGAGGCUGAGAUUCAGAGGUGGAAACUUGACCAAGGCCACCUAUUUUCAUUUGGGCAGAGCUAGGAUUCAGAGCCCACUAUGCAUACCUGGAGAGCCCUUUACAGCAUAUUAGAGUGUCUGGAGCAGGGUGGGUGUGAGAUGAGCAAAGAUGAGGGGCUUUUCAAAAGUCCACUGAAAAAGCCAGUGAUAGGAUGAGGUUUAGGUAUCAUGAAUUUGGCAAUAUAAAUGAUGGGCUGUGCCCAAAACCCAAGAUGUCACAUUAUCUGGUCCACCAUUUUGCAGGACAACCAUGGACACGGAUUGGAGAAUUUUAGCGCACACCCUGGAUAGUACAGAUUUCAAAUUGUGGCAUGAGACCAGGGUGGGGAGAUUUAUAGAGGAGAUACUAAAGGGCUAUCAAUAUACCAAUUUAUUUUAUUCUCUGGGUUUUGUAUUCUGAGGACAGUUACCAGCCAUCUCAUUAUGGCAUCAUCAAGUCUGUCCCAGGGGUGUCACUGGUUGGCCUCCCUUGCUUUGAGGGAACUUUGAAGGCAGAGAAGGCCAAGAAGAACUGACUACCUGGAUUUGAUCUGGAAUCUGGGAAUGAGAAAUGCUAUGAAAACCAUGGGAGCUCUGGAAGUUAAAGAUAAUAAUCCACUUUGGAGAGUUCAAGAUCUUUGGGUAAACUGUAAUUGUAGAUCAGAGGAGAAUGAUUCUGAAAAGUAUUGACCAGCAAGGGGAACUGCUGGGAAAUGAGUUAAGCUAAGGUAUUAUUUUGAGCUACUGAGUUUCUGCCAACUCAAGUAUUCACUUUGUGGUUUGGUUUAUCCUUUGCCUAAGAUCUGUAUACACACACUUCCUGUGUGAGCUCAUCCUGUCCCUGAUUUCCAAGGUUAUCUCAAGCUCUAGCCUUGUUUUGGAUCUCCUGACACAGUUUCUUACCAUCUUCUAGUUGAUUGCAUCAAAUUCAACAUGCUCAAACCCAGCUUUGCGCUUUAGAAAGCAUUAAAAAAAAAAAAAAAAAAAAAAAAAGCUAUUUCUUCAGCAUCUUUAUUUUUACUAAGAUGAGGGUUUGGGUCACGUUACCUUCACCAAAGUGAAAGGUAAAUGGGAAUGAUUCUGUAAUAAACGUUAGAGUUAAAAGACCGGUAUUUUGUGCUUUUGGUUUAGGGUUUUUUUUUCUUGCAGGAAUCGAGGGAAAGCCCUUACCCAGCAGUCCCAGCCUGUAGGUUGCAAAAUUAUUGGGUCUGCGCGUUCUGUGUACUCCUGUCUGGAUCGUUGAACCAUGUCAAAUUGCCAAAUGUCAAUGCUAAUGCAGUUUUUUACAUUAAAAAGGCAAACAAAACAGCGAUAUAUAGAUUCGAGUAGUAUGGACCUGCCAUAUAUUAAAUAAACUUAUGCGUUGGGACACUGGGGAGAAGAUAGGCGCCAGAUUUCCUGAGUAAGGGGAGGAGGGCAUCCUGGCACUGGGCGGUAAAGGCUAACCACGCGGAAGGAGGUUCCCACAGCAGCUCCCUCUAGACUGGCCACGCCCUCGUGUUGCAGCCGCCGUAAAGUGCGGCGUCCUGGCCACACCCCUCCGGCGCUUCUUGUGACGCAGUCGCCCUGGGUAUUUUUGCGCGGGAAAAGGAGGCAGUUCGGAGCGCUAGGCAGUGUGGCCGGAACCGGCAGUUUUUGCGGAGUUUGCAGCUCGCUCCCUGCCCUUACUGGCCAUGGGGCUGCUGGAGCUGUGCGAGGAAGUGUUCGGUACUGCCGACCUUUAUCGAGUGCUGGGCGUGCGGCGCGAGGCCUCGGACAGCGAGGUCCGGCGCGGCUACCACAAGGUGUCUCUGCAGGUGCACCCGGACCGGGUCGGCGAGGACGACAAAGAAGACGCCACCCGCCGUUUCCAGAUCCUCGGGAAAGUCUAUUCUGUUCUGAGCGACAAAGAGCAGAGAGCACUGUACAAUGAGCAGGGAACAGUGGACGAAGAUUCUGAUGUGCUCAACCAAGAUCGGGACUGGGAGACGUAUUGGAGAUUACUUUUUAAAAAGAUAUCUCUAGAAGACAUUCAAGCUUUUGAAAAGACAUACAAAGGUUCUGAAGAAGAGCUGGCAGAUAUUAAACAGGCCUAUUUGGAUUUCAAGGGUGACAUGGAUCAGAUCAUGGAGUCUGUGCUGUGUGUGCAGUACACAGAGGAACCCAGGAUAAGGAACAUUAUUCAGCAAGCCAUUGAUGCUGGCGAGAUCCCAUCCUAUAAUGCCUUUGUCAAAGAAUCGAAGCAAAAGAUGAAUGCAAGAAAAAGGAGGGCUCAGGAAGAGGCUAAAGAAGCAGAAAUGAGCAGGAAGGAGUUGGGCCUUGAUGAAGGAGUAGAUAAUUUGAAAGCAGUCAUUCAGAGCAGACAAAAGGAUCGGCAAAAGGAAAUGGACACUUUUCUGGCUCAGAUGGAAGCAAAGUACUGCAAACCUUCUAAACGAGGAGGGAAAAAAACGCCUCUCAAGAAAGAAAAGAAAUAAUGGAAUUUUCUCUUCAAAAGUCUUUAAGUGUUAAUUGGUGCCCUUACAGGCAAGGUACAGUCAAGAUUUGAAGACAAAAGUCAACCCUGCUCUUGAGAAAAAUUGUCCUUCCAGCCUAGAUUAUUCAGAUCAAUUCUGUAAACCACGCAGAAUCUCUCAACCUGAUUUUAGGAACCCUAGAAAUCCCCUGACAUUCUUUGAGGUCCUGUAUGAAGGAGUUUAGUGGUGAUUUUUGAGGGAAUGGGGGUGAGUGGUGUAUUCCUGACAGCACUUGCUUCUAUGGGUCUUCUGUGCAAGAAACUCUUAUCUGGAAUGUGGGUCUGUCCCAUAUAGCCUUUAGCAGUUGUCAUUUUGGCACACAAGAGUGUGCACACAGCUGCAGAGUAUUCGAAGUGAUGUUUAUUAGAACAGUAACUCUACCUGGCUAGAAAGCCUUCAAAACACUUGCUGGACAUCUGUCUUUCACAUAUUUGCGAGUUUACUUUCGGGCUUAAUAUUCUUGAAUAGAUCCCCUUUCCUUUUUGUUUUACUCAACCAGCUUUUGUACUCUGCUUGAAGUGUAGGAGAAACAUGUUCAGAUUACCUCAGGCAUCUUUGUAAGACUUAAUACCUGAUGAAAUAAACAGGUUAAAAAGGA